GCGGCGGCGGGAGCUCGGGCAGGUUGCGGUCGGUAGGAGCUGGGAGGCAUUCGCGAGGCGGUGGCAGCCGCGCGAGAAGGGCCGGCGGGGAGCUCGGCCCCCCACACGGCCAUCGCGGAGUCUCGCCCGAUCGCGGGAGCAAAAGCUGAUCGGGUGAAGCAUGCCGGACGAUCUGCCCGCCGUCGUCAAGUGGGGAAAGCAGCGCUUCACCGGCGUCCGCCUCCGUGGAGGGAUGCCGGGAGCUCUCCCAGACAGCGGCGUGCUCGGCGAGGUUCUCGCUCUCAAGCCUGGGCAGACCGCGCUGACGAUCAUGCUCGUGGGCGCCGCCGACGAGGCUCCAGCCGCUCCAGCUGAGCCGACAACUUUCACAGAGGACCUGACGCCUGCGGAAGCCGAGGCGGCUGGUGCGGCCGCUGAGGCGGCCGCCAUGGCUGCCGCGGAGGGCAUGAUCACCGCGCUGCAGCUGCCGCCCUCCGAGCGCGCCGAGAGCGUGGGCGCGCCGAUGUCGAGCCUGCCGGUCAAGUACAGCUUUCUUGUGCACGGGCUCGCGCAGGAUCAGAUCGAGGAGUCGCUGCGCAGGAGGCGCGGGUCGCGGGGCGGCGCCCUCCUCGACGUGUGCGCGAUGACCCUCGGCCACGAACUCGGCAAGGCGUACGUCAACGCGAUCGCGACCCUCGCGGACGGCACCCUUGCGAGCGGCCUCGACAACGGCCGCAUCGCGCUCUGGAGGCACGGCCGGCGGGUCAAGGAGGCGGCGCUCCUCGGCGGGCGGCCUGAGCCGGUGACGUGCCUCGUCGCGCUGCCGCGGGGCUGCAGCCGCGGCGCCGACCUCGCCUCGGGGUCGGAGGGCAGCGUGAGGCUGUGGGCGGCCGGCGAGUGUGUCGGGACCAUCGUGGCGCCGCCUGGCACGGCACCCGCCUGCAUGGCCGCGCUGCCCGCCGCUGCGGCGGGCGCUGGGCCCUCGUCUGGACCCUGCCUGGCGGUCGCCUUUCACCAGGCUCGCCCCUUCGACCCGGCCGCGUUUCGGCUCGUGCCGCAGGGCGAGGAGCAGCGGCGGCGGCGCGCAGAGGCGCUCGCCGCGCAAGCUGCGCAGGCGGCCGCGUUUGAGCGAGUCGCGGCCUCGGUCACCGUUGCCAGUCUGCGAGCCGAGAGCCCGGGAGCCGUACAGCCAUCGGUGUCGGUGCUGGGGCUUGCGGGCGGCGCCGCCCGCGUCACGGCGUUCGGAUGUCUCCCGCGCGCACCUCCAGCGGCCGACGGACUGGCCUGCGGAACAGCGGACGGAGCGCUCAGGGUCUGGGUUAGGACAGGCGGCGGCGGCGACGACGCAGUCUGGCGGUGCGAGGAGCAUCUCGCUCUGCGAUUCGGCGGCGGCGCAGCUGCUACGAUCGCGUGCCCCUUCUUUUCGGUGCUCUACGUGACACAUGACGUUGGUGUGUUCAGUGCAGGCUUGCUCGCCGUCUCCUGCCUCCACGACGAAGGGGGGAGUGCGGGGGAGGGUGUGGAGCCGCACGGCAGUGGCGCGUCGCUCCUGCGGGUUCCUCUCCCUGCGCACGGCGGCGCGGUGGCUAUCCUCGACGUGGCGAGGAGUGCAGUCCUGGCGACGCUUGACGCGCAUACCGACGUGGUGCGCUGCAUGUGCGCACUGCCGGACGGGGGCCUGGCGACAGGGGGAGGCCCACAGGAUCGCAGCGUGCGUGUGUGGGCGAGGUCGCAGUGGGAGGACCAGCCGCGGGAGGAGCGGGGCGGCGACGCGGUGCCCGUGCGGCGUGAGGCGACGCAGACCCUCUCCGCCCCGGGCUACGUGUUCGCCCUGGCGGCGCUGCCGGACGCCAACCCCGGAGGAUCGAAGCUCUUUGCGCUGGCGUGCGCGAGGUACAACACAGUUAGGAUCUGCUUGUGA